ACAGGACCAGGGGUUCUUUUCAAAAUUCCGAUGACCACGUACCCCCGUUCUUUUUAUAUGGGAGUGCCCCUCCCAGGUCAGAUUAGCCCGUUCGCACAGCCCAAGUACAGUUGACCCCACUAUUUCGAACUCUCAGGGGACUAGCUUAUUCCAGGCUCUGGUCAGUGGGGACGAUCGAAAAAGCGGUUGGGCGACGAGCGCCCCGCUCGUCGACCGCCCGCUAUUUCGAUCGUCCCCACUGACCGAGAGCCUGGAACAGGCUAUCAGGGAACGCGAAAAAUAGUUCGAAAUAGGCGAUAGUAAAUGAAUGAAGAGGAAAUUCGAGGGAAAUGGUUUCGAGUUUGAAAUAGCGGGGAAUUCGAAACAAUCGAAAUAGCGGGGUAGCCUGGGAUCUAGUAUUGCACAAGAUGGCCGACGACAUCGAACAGCAGGAAGACGAACUGCUUGCUUUAGCCUCUAUUUACGAUGAACGAAUCUUCAUUCAAUCAUCAGAGGAGAAGGGAGGCCAGUUUAAUGUUUUCCUUGAGUUACCAAAGCCUUUCAAACUAAGAAUACAGUCUAGAUACCUGCCUAGAAGUAACAAAAGUCGAACGCGUGAAGGUGCAAACGGAGCAGAGAGGACUGAAAGUUUUGACUUGCUGACAGUGGAGUACCUUCCUCCGAUCGUGUUAAAUUUCAGAUUUCCUGAGGAUUAUCCCUCUAAGAGCCCUCCAUUAUUUACUCUGUCAUGCAAGUGGUUAACCGUUUUUCAGUUGUCAAAGCUUUGCAAAUGCCUUGAUGAAAUGUGGGCAGAAGAAGGUGGAGGAGAAGUAAUCCUAUUCCGAUGGACACAGUUUCUACUGGAUGAGACUCUGCCAUUGAUGAGUGUGGAGAGCCCAUUUCCUCUGCAGUUUAAGAAAGCCCAUGGACAAAAUAACAGGAAAAGAAGAGGAGAUCCAAGAGCUUUCCAAGAUGUCGCGUCCCACCAUAAUUUAGUCGGUGCUGUAUUGGAAUAUGACCAAGAGGAGAAAGGGAGAGUUUUUAAUAGCAGUUAUUUUACAUGUAAUGUUUGCUUCUGUGAAAAGCCUGGAUCACAGUGCAUUGAAUUCCAUGACUGUGGCCAUGUGUUCUGUGUGGAUUGCAUGGCUGGGUACUUCAAAGUUCAGAUUGAAGAUGGUGCUCAUACCUACCAUGGUGUUUCUCCGUGUGAGAUUAAAAGAGAUAAUCUUAAGAAGCUUACAGAGGAAUACAGUACAGCCUCUAGUGCUGAAAAAGAACUACUAGAAAAGCGUUUUGGGAAACGGCAACUGCAAAAGCUGAUGGAUGAAGUUGUGUCUGAAGAGUGGCUUGACUCCAAUGCAAAGCAAUGUCCGAGUUGCAAAGCAAGUAUUCAAAAGAUUGAUGGCUGUAAUAAAAUGACUUGUCUGAAGUGCCGGGCGUACUUCUGUUGGCUGUGCAUGUCUACUCUUUCUCGCAGUAAUCCAUACCAACAUUUCAAUGCCCCAGGCAGUGAGUGCUUUAAUAAGUUGUUUGAAGGUAUUGAUGAGGAUGAUGAUGACAAUGACGAUGAAGACUGGUGGUUGUGA